AAAAGGUUUCCCCGGUUUACAUUUUUGCCUUAUUUCCGUUUAGUAAACGAGUCUAAGAAGGCGCAACAGUGUCCAAGAAUAAACGCCUCCAACUGUCAAGACGCGCAUUUUUCCCAGCGUGCCUCGGUUGGCACAGUAGGAGGGAGGAGAGAGAGAGAGAGAGAGAGAGAGAGAGAGAGAGAGAGAGAGGAGGGGGGAGGAGGAGGGGAGGGGGUUGGUAUGGGAGAGCAUGGCAGCAGGAGCCACAGCGUUGCCGACUGCCCUCACAUCCAAAACACUGCUUGUCGCGCGCUCGUCAGCAGAGCCCGGAGAUCGUGAGCGUCCAGCCGUAACGUGGAGCGCCUCCUUCCCUCCAACUGCAGGACAGGAGCGAGUUCUGCCGGAAUAGAAGCAGCUGGUUCCAGUCUUCUUGGCGAUCCGCGUUGAACAGGAGAGAUCCCAAACCGGAGAAAUUAAGAGCAGUUGCACAAGAACUGCAUGCCUGCUCCUUUUCUUUUCCUUUCUUAAAGCUGAUUUUAAAGGCAUUUUUUCACCCACGUUGCCACUUUGUUGGAAAAUUGACUGCGAGUUGCAGAACUGUUGGCAGCGCUGCGCCAGAGUUGAGCGGAGGAAGCUUGUUCGAAUUAAGUGCAAACGCUGCGGAGGUUCUUUACUUUAAUUAGACCUGAUCUGUUAAGCAAGUGAAGAGUUUAAUGUAAAGGAAAUGACCUGUUAAAACACAGGCUGGAAUCGUUGUUUUGAGCCUUAAGAUUCAGUUACACGCAGAGGAAGGAGCUGAAAGGGCAUUUCACCGAGUCAUCAGAACCUUUAAACACUAGACGGGACUUCCGAUCCUGAGCAGAUAUGCCGCAGGUGGAAAUGAUCCUCUUCCUCAUCCUUAUAGUUGGGAUGUGUGUCUACGGCCAGGACCCGGCCUCCAAGGUGGUGUCCGACCGCUACGCCGUCUUCUGGAACCGGACCAACCCCAAAUUUUACCGGGGUGAUUACCACAUUGACGUCUGCAUCAACGACUACCUGGACGUCUAUUGUCCACACUACGCCAGCCCGGUCUCUGACGAUCGGGCCGAACGUUACGUGCUCUACAUGGUCAACUAUGACGGCUACAGCUCCUGCGACCACACUGCCAAGGGCUUCAAACGCUGGGAGUGCAACAGGCCUCUGUCACCAAACGGACCACUGAAGUUUUCUGAGAAGUUCCAGCUCUUCACUCCCUUCUCCUUAGGGUUCGAAUUCCGCCCCGGCAGAGAGUAUUAUUAUAUCUCCUCCAUGACCGACGUCAAAGGAAGGAGGAGCUGCCUUCGACUCAAAGUCUUCGUCAGGCCUCCAAACAAUUGUGUGAAAAACUCUGGGAGCGUGCAGGAAGGAGUCGAUUUUGACGACAACAGUCACAAUUCGCUUGAACCCAGAGAUGGUAUCAGUCACGAGUCACCAGAACCAGCAAGAAGGGACGUGAACUCUGUCAGUCGGCACCAGUUUUCAGUCCUGCUGCUCAGCUCCGCCCUCAUGCUGCUGGCUGCCAUCUUGUCUUUAUAGCGUCCAGUCCCAGAAAUUCCCACAGCAAUGAACUUUCCUGAUUGGACCACAGGCCGCUUUACCCUGCAACACCUCCCCUCAAGGAGCACUUUUUUAAAUAAAAAAGAAGAGACAAAAGAAAAGUACAAAAACACUAAUAAUCUCUCUUGGUCAAAGAGAGGGAAGGGACUUCAGCAGAGAAGCCUUCGUUGUUUAUUGACUUUUUAAAAACGCUGAUUCUUGACUUUCUAGCAGGCGCUGACAGUCGAGGCGCCCCGAGAUGGAAGCGCCUCCCACCUGUUUGCCUCGCUACCAUCCAUAGUAUGCAGAUAUUAUACCAUGUAUUAUUUGUGUUGGAGAAGAGCACACAAACAUGCUUUUUAAAAAAAUUCACUCACGAAACACUAUCAUCACAAUCAGUACACUCCCUAGCCCGAACGGUGAAGCACAGCAGGAUCCUUCAAAAGUUUACAGACCUUACUUUAUUUUGUGUUCGGAAAUGUCACGACUUGAAGCUCGGCUGAUUUUUAUUUAGGAGGAUUUAGGAAGAUCUGGGAGCGACGGUUCACAAACAGGCCGGAAAAGAAGAAAACCAGGAAGGAUGAUGUUGCUAGGAGACUGCUGCUAAGAGCAUGGGGCUACGAGGCGGGCCUUGAUGACUUAACCUUCCCCUCAGGUUAGAAAGGAUGCAUCGUUACAGACCCUGGAGGACCCUUGUUGAGAAAGAGAGAAAAAAAAAAAAAGAAUUAAAGCACUCUUCUUUUAGUGUUUGAAUAGGGGCGAUUUAAUGAUCAAUUAAUGUAUUUGUUUUGUCUGUUUUUUAAUAAAUCACAUAAUUGAAUUGUAGCAGCCAACACGGGUGUACAGUAAACUAUUUGAAUGGCGAAUAGAAGUGGAUAUGGUAUUUUUGCGAGGCAAAAUGUGUUUUCCUAUUUAUUGUGAGGUCCUUCUGCUUUUUUUUUUCUUCUGGUUUAGUCUGUAAGUACAGUAGAAAGGCAAUAAAAACAAAGAUAUUUACUCUUUACGUUAGUCCGUAUUACACAGCUCAUUUUAUACACUAAUACAAAAAAAGGUUUGUAUGUUUUUGAAUGAUCAAAAAUGAUGUUUUUUCAUUGUUUUUAAGAAAGUCCAGAAAGAAAGAAAGUUAAAAGAAGAGUCUGAUGUGCAUCAGGGUGUAGAGGUAGAAUAUUUGUGUUCUGAGUUUGUCAUUAACUAAUGUCACAAAUGUAGUUUAACUGUUCCACGACUUGUUUUUGUGAAUCACUAUUUACACAGCUAUUGUAAAUUGAAGCAAAUUUACAAAGUUCAGGGACGUGUCCACACCUAAUACAAGGUGAAAUUAGAUUUUUUUUUUUUUGUCUUUUUCUUUUUUUUAUUUUAUGGAAAUGGUUGGGAGAUUUACUUCUUUAAAUGUCGAAGCAAAGUGGCUAAAAGACGUGAUUCAGUGAGCAAAUGCAAGCAGGUGGAUCAGGGGCGUGUCGGGUUGCUGGUUGCACUAUUCAGUUUCCUUCUCGGAUGUUGUGUAAAAUGGCAUCUGAACAGAAAAUACACUGUCGGUACUCCUGUAAAGGUUAUUUUUGGAAUAAAAAGCGGACCGCUAGGGAAGGUGGGAAACUGAAGCUCCUGCCAGCGGUGGAUCUGAGGGGUAAAACCGAGCAAGAAACAUGCGAUGAAUUUCUUUGGGCAAAAGUCUUUCUCAAAAGCACAACUAUCUGUAAAGGAAGCACCUCUUGGGGAAAAUUAGGGACACUGUUGGUUUUUAGACAAUAAGAAAUUAGAUAAUAAAUAUUUUAAAUUCAUUAAAAGAACUUUAUUUGAGUUUUGGUAAAAGCUGGAAUGCAGUAAAAUUUUAUUUUGCCUCUUACUCAGUUGGGCGCUAUAAGAUUUAUAGAAUUAAAAUGAUGAUUAUAUGAUAACAAACCGAUUAUGUGUAAAGUGUCAUUACCAAGAUAAGAGAGAAAAUUUAUGGUUUAUGGUCAUAAAUUCCUCAUUUAAGAAUGCACAGUAUAAAUAAACAGUAGUGAAAUGCUUUCAUCUCAUGAGUUGGAAUAUUACAAAGUUUUUUCACAUGAAAAAGUCUAAACAAAUUAAUAAAAAAAAAGGCAAAAAAGAGAAAAACUCAUAAAUUUCUACCCAAGAAGAUUAAAGAUUAAAGCUUUACUAAUUUUCAAAGACAGCUCUGGAUCAGGGUGGAAGAUUUUCUGAUCAUUUCCUCUCUUGAAAGGGUCUCAUCAAUAAUUCAUCUUCCAAAGCCGAGCAGACCGUAUUGUUCAAAGUUUGGGUUUUUUAUUUGAUCCUCCCAGCCUUUUAAAUGCAGACUCAGAACUGCAAACUCAGUCUAAUAGAUGCACAGCCUUUUCCAUCUGUAGUAAAAACUCAAAUUACAUUUGGCACUGAUUUGGUCAAAGUUUUUUUUUUUUUUUUUUAUGAUAGAAUUAUCAUUUCUUCCCUCAAAACUAUUUAUCAUUAAUGAUUGAAAAACAGAAUGAAGAAUGAAUAGUAAAAACCCCACAUCCACUGUUGGCAGGCUGUAUGAUGUAAAACCUAAUUUAUUCUCUACAUUAAAUAAACAUACAGACGGAGCCUUUUUUCUGUCCUCUGCGUUCCUUCUGUGUAUUUCCGUCCGUUUUCAGAGAGCUUCAAGAUGCGUCGCCAGAUUCAGCAGUCCCACCGGAAACAGUAGGGGGCAGUGUUGCUCAGUAAAGCUCGUACAAACAGCAAAAUGAACAAAGAAGAGGAAGAAGCUGCUAUCUGAUAGCCGCAUAGACGACCACCAUCUACAUCUACCUCUUUUUAUGGGUCUUCCUGGGAAUGUUCAUUGUUAUGAUAUCCUACUGGCGGCGUGUUUGCUGUUGUCUGAAACUGUCUGAGAAGUGAACUCUGCACUGCCCUCUAGUGGAAUUGUUGCCUAACAACCAUGCCAACGUAAAGCACACAGAAUGUGGAAUGUGACAUUUAACAUGCACAUACCUUUACCCACUUAAAGGAAGCAUAAAUGAGGCUUAACUGAACAACUUUAUAUUAAGGUAAUAUUUUUUGGGAAUUAGAUAGUGGUUACCUGAAAAUUUAUAAUCCAAUUUUUUUCCAAUUUCUUUCCCAUAACUGGAGUAUUUGAAGAGGUAUUCAUUUGAAAAACUAAUGGGAUUAAUCACAAUUAUUUUCCUCCUGUCCAUCAACCGUCCAUCAACCGUCCAUCUGAAAGCCUCGCCUUCAGCCACGCCAAACUGAGACAAACCGACCCGUUAAUUUUGUGGAUACCGUGUAUCCAACAGUUAGUCUGAUGUAACAUACAGUGUUAGAUGCUCUUUUUUUAUUUCACACCGCUUUUUCAAAGGCGACGUAGCUGACGCAUUCAUGUUUUUAGCAUGAAAGAAACAUUUGAUACAAAUAAAAUCCUGACUUUCAUUUUGUACGUCUUUUAUAGGAAACAGAAACAAACCGCGUGUUUUUUGAGCCGAGGCACAUAUCAAACAUGCAGUACGGUCGCGUUACAAUCAUGAAUCAAAAGGGCCCGAACAAAGAACUGAUGGAUCACGAAGAGCUGGAAAACCUUUGCUCCUUUUUUUUUCAUCUUCUUUAUUUACGAUUGCUGAUACUGCGACUGGCGUAACUGACUUGUAAUGCUGUAAAAGCUCAAUGUGUUUGUGGCAGCAGAAAAGAGAAAAAAAGAAGUUUUUCACAUCAAAUGUUGAUGUUUCACAUGUUUUUUUUUUAACAUACUGUGCAUCAAGAGGGGUGGAUAAUGUCUUUGAAGGACUUCAUCACCUGAUUUUUGGUACCUUGUAGCUAGAAGCUAACACCACAUCGUCUGUCCUUGGUUUGCAGCAUCAGUUCUUCAUGUUUUGUAUCUUUAAAAAAAAUGGCUGUGUGCUUUUUGUCAAUGCAUCUAGCAGUGAAAAAUGUUUUGUACCAUUAACCACAACUGUUUUGUUUUUGUCGUUUUUUUCCAACUGAGACAUGGAUAUGCCACAAAACUGCACAUUUCUUUCAACCUUGUAGUGACUGUUUCUUGUGCCUAUAUGAAUCCCAUCCUCUUCUGUACUCAUCCAAGCAAUUCUGUCUUUUUCCUGUUCAACCUCCUCACUAGACUUUUCUACAAAAAAAGGCCAUGUCUUUGUAAAUACACGUGUUGGAGCAGCUAUGACUAAUUAAAAGAAACAAAAAAAGAUUUAAUAAAUAUUUCUUUGUCGUU